AUGCAUGAGAUUACAUCUCGUUCCUACAAGUUUUGGAACUAUGCUCCAUCUAUUCCUGCCGCAGUCAUAUUCAUGCUUCUAUUUAUGGCUCUGACUGGCCUACAUUCAUGGAAAUUGUUUACGACGAAAACAUGGUUCUGCAUCGCUUUCACUAUAGGCGGUUUUUUUGAGAUUAUUGGCUAUAUAGGCCGAGCCGUUGCACAUAGUAAUACAACUACCAUGGGCCCAUAUAUCGUCGCAAACAUCUUCGUUCUCCUCGGUCCCACUCUCUUCGCCGCCUCAAUCUAUAUGACUUUGGGUCGUCUUAUUCGUCGUGUUGGAGGAGAGCAUCUCUCAGUGAUCCGUGUUUCCCGUUUAACAAAAACCUUCGUCUGGGGCGAUGUCCUGUCAUUCGUUGUUCAAGGAAAUUCCUCAUCGCUGUCCAUCUUGGGAUAUCCAACAUAUGCAAAGAUUGCGGUGGUUGGUGGCUUGGCAAUCCAGCUGAUCUCUUUCUCGAUCUUCUGGCUGACUGCCAUCGUCUUUGCGAAACGAAUUCGUUGCUCGCCUACCCCCGAAUCUCUUCAACCGGGGAUCCCAUGGAAGAAGUCGCUGUACAUGCUUUACGCUGUUAGUGCGUUGAUCAUGAUUCGUUCCGUCUUCCGCAUCGUUGAAUAUGUUCUUGGAAAUGACGGUUAUCCGUUGGAGCAUGAAUGGACUCUAUAUAUCUUUGACUCUGUUCCCAUGGUAAUUGUCAUGGCAGUUUUCUUCGUUUGGUAUCCCAGCCAACUACAGCCAACCGCAGAGUCCGAAGCAACCAUCCCGCUGGCUCAUAGCUAUUCGCAUCUGCAGGUUUAA